AUGCAGAAUCUUAUCCCUGUUCUUAACAAACUCCAGGAUGUUUUUGCAACUGUGAGUGCCCAUGCUGUUGACCUUCCACAGAUCGUUGCUGUCGGUUGUCAGUCAGCUGGUAAGUCCAGUGUACUUGAAGCUAUUGUCGGCAAAGAUUUCCUUCCUCGUGGCGCGGGUAUCUGCACCCGUCGUCCACUCAUCCUUCAAUUAAUUCAUAUUGAAAAAGGUGGCAAUCCAACCGAAUGGGGCGAGUUUUUGCAUAAUCCCGGAAAGAAAUACACUAAUUUCGAUGAAAUCAUGAAAGAAAUUGAAGACGAGACAGACCGUGUUUGCGGUACAAACAAAGGUGUUACAGAUCAACCAAUUAACCUCAAGAUCUACUCUCCGACAGUUUUGAACCUCACACUUGUCGACUUGCCAGGCCUUACAAAGAUCGCUGUCGAAGACCAACCAGCUGAUAUUGCUGACCAAAUCAAGAAAAUGGUUUACAAUUACAUCACACCACAAAAUGCUAUCAUCUUAGCCAUUACUCCAGCUAACAUGGAUCUUGCUAACUCCGAUUCCCUUAUCGCUGCCCGUGAAGUCGAUCCAAACGGUGACCGUACAAUCGGUGUUCUUACAAAGCUCGAUAUCAUGGAUGCCGGCACAAACGCUCGUGAAAUCCUUCUUAACAAAGUCUACCCACUCAAGCUCGGCUACAUCGGUGUUAUCAACCGUAGCCAGGCUGAUAUCAACGCUAAGAAGAAAGUUGCCACAACUGCCGAUGCCGAAAUGAAGUUCUUCAAGAGCCACGAGGCUUACGCCGAUAUCGCUGAGAACUGCGGUACCAAGUUCCUCUCACAGACUCUUAACCAAAUCCUUAUGAAGCACAUCAAGAAUCAAAUUCCAGCUCUUUACACACAGAUUAACGAUCAGCUUGCUCUCAAGAAUGCAGAGCUCCAGAAAUACGGUACCUCCCUCGGCAACACCCCUGAGGAACAGCAAACAAUGAUCUUCUCACUCGUAUCUAAGUACAUGGAAGAGCUCAACGGCCUUCUUAACGGUUACAGUGACCAACUUAGCAAUACCCAGCUUCACGGCGGUGCCAACAUCAUCUCAGAACUCAUCGAUGAAUUCCCUCAAUCAAUGCUUACGAUUACAUCCGUCAAGACCACUCCACAAGAGCUUGUCGCCAAGAUGAUUGAAAGCCAGGGUGGUCUUCGUGGCUCAAUGUUCUUCCCAGAAGCCACAUUCCACGCAUUAGUCAAAGAUGAGAUCGAAAAGCUUCGUCCAUGCGUCUUGAAGUGCAUUGACAAUGCAAAGGAACGCCUUGUACAAGUCCACCAGUCCGUCCAUGUUCCAGAACUCGAGCGUUUCUUCUCUCUCAGAGACAACAUUCUCCAGAUCGCUAUCGAUGGCGUUGUUCAGGCAUCUAAAGAAGCUGCUGUCUACGCAAACAAGCUCAUCGAUAUCCACACAUCAUUCAUCAACACACGCCACCCAGAUUUCGCUCCUUGCAAGGCACAGAUCGAUGCAAACGGUGGUUUCGGUAACAACGUUCCAAUGCUCAUUGACUUGGUCCACAGAUACUUCGUCAUUGUCCGCAAGGAAGUCAUCGACUCAAUUCCAAAGGCAAUCUUCAGAACAAUGCUCGUUGACUCAGUCAAGCAGCUCAGAUUCGACCUCGUCGAAAAGCUCGUCCUUGAACCUGAUCUCAACGAAGACCCAGUCAUUGUCGAGAAGCGUAACUCUUGCCUCAAACUCAUCGCUGCUCUCAAGCAGGCUCAGCUCGUCCUUGCAGAUGUUCGCAAGGCACACGUAUAA